AUGUCUUCCAAGGAAAACGCCCAGUCCCUCAAGGUUUUGGACGAGCUCAUGCAGAAGCUUACCAUCUCCAAGGAGGCUGACGCUAUCAAGGAGUCUUCUAUCGCUCUGGCCACGUUCUUGAACGGCCGCAUUGAGGACUGCGAUACUCCCACCAAGACCAUCGAGGCUCUCAAGAAGCAGCUCGGCAACAAGAAGGAUGCCGCGGUUCGCGAGAAGGCUCUUUGCGCCAUCCAGGCCAUCGCUCAACACUCUGAUGUUUCGGCUCACGUCGAGCCUUUCCUGGUUGUCCUUCUGCCGAGCGUGUUCGCCGCUGCCGGCGACAAGAUCACCUCCGUCAAGAAUGCAGCACUUGCUGCCGCUUCCGCAAUUGCUGAGGCAAUCAACCCCAACGCCGUCAAGGCCGCCCUCCCUCACCUGAUUGAGUCGCUACAGACCGCCCAGAAGUGGCCUGAAAAGAUUGCUGUUCUCGACUUCAUCGAGACUCUUGUCAAGACCGCCCCCGCCCAGACUGCCCUUCGUGUUCCCGACCUCAUCCCCGUCGUUGGCGACGCCAUGUGGGACACCAAGAAGGAGGUUAAGGAGCAUGCCUACAAGAUCAUGGAGAACAUUUGCAGCUUGAUUGUCAACAGGGAUAUCGAGCGCUUCAUUCCUGAGCUCAUCAAGUGUAUCGCCAAGCCCGAGAACGUCCCCGAGACCGUCCACUUGCUGGGUGCCACCACCUUCGUCACGGAGGUCACUGAGCCCACCCUGGCCUUGAUGGUUCCUCUCCUGGAGCGUGGUCUUCAGGAGCGUGACACUGCCAUCAAGCGUAAGGCGGCCGUCAUCGUCGACAACAUGUGCAAGCUCGUCGACGACCCCAACAUCGUCGCCGCCUUCCUUCCCAGGCUCAUGCCCAACCUGGAGAAGAACUACGAGAACAUGGCCGACCCCGAGGCUCGUGAGAAGACCAAGCAGGGUCUUGACACUCUUAUCCGCGUCGGUAACGUCGUUGACGGCAAGAUCCCUGAACGCCGCAACGACGGUGACGUUGCCACCGUCGCCGCCCACGUCCGGGACGUUCUCUCCAGCGAGAAGGAUGCCAAGGCUGAGAAGUUCGCUCCUGUUAUCGAGUACAUUGCCGCCAUUGGUGGCCAGCUCGUCGACGAGAAGGAGGUUGAUGCCGCUGCCUGGGCCACUGCCCUUAAGCCUUACGUCAGCGUCAUUGUUGGCGAUGCCAAGGCUGAGGGCAUUGUCGAGGCCCUCCGCAAGAAGGCUUCCCCCGGUCUUGCCGAUGCUGAGGAGGAGGAGGCUGACGACGAGGAGGGAGAGGACCUGUGCAACUGCACAUUCUCGCUCGCCUACGGUGCCAAGAUUCUUCUCAACCAGACCCACCUUCGUCUCAAGCGUGGCCAGCGCUACGGUCUUUGCGGUCCCAACGGUUCCGGAAAGUCCACUCUCAUGCGCGCCAUCAACAAUGAGCAGGUCGAGGGCUUCCCCAAGCAGAGCGAGGUCAAGACCGUCUUCGUCGAGCACGACCUGGACUCUGCCGACACUGAGAUGACCACCAUUGACUGGACCAUGAAGAAGUUGGAGGAGGCCAAGGUCACGGUUACCCGCGACGAUGUCAUCAAGCGCCUCAACGAGUUCGGUUUCACCGACGCCAUGGUUUCGGGUGAGAUCACCGCUCUGUCUGGUGGUUGGAAGAUGAAGCUGGCUUUGUGCCGUGCCGUGUUCGAGUCCCCCGACAUUCUGCUGCUCGACGAGCCCACCAACCACUUGGACGUGAAGAACGUGAAGUGGCUCGAGGAGUACCUCCAGAACUCUCCUUGCACCUCCAUCAUCGUCUCGCACGACUCGGGCUUCCUCGACAACGUCUGCCAGCACAUCAUUCACUACGAGCGCUUCAAGCUUAAGCGUUACCGUGGUAACCUGAAGGAGUUCGUCAAGAAGUGCCCUUCGGCCAAGUCUUACUACGAGCUUGGCGCUUCCGAGAUCGAGUUCACCUUCCCCGAGCCCGGUUUCCUCGAGGGUGUCAAGACCAAGGCCAAGGCCAUCCUCCGUGCCACCAAGAUGGACUUCCAGUACCCUGGUACCUCCAAGCCCCAGAUCAGUGACAUCACCUUCCAGUGCUCUCUCGGCUCCCGUAUUGCCGUCAUUGGUCCCAACGGUGCCGGCAAGUCUACUCUGAUCAACGUCCUGACUGGUGAGCUCAUCCCCACUGCCGGUGAGAUCUACCAGCACGAGAACAUCCGUAUCGCCUACAUCAAGCAGCACGCAUUCGCCCACAUCGACAACCACUUGGACAAGACUCCUUCCGAGUACAUUCAGUGGCGUUUCCAGACUGGUGAGGACCGUGAGACCAUGGACCGUGCCAACAAGAUCAUCACUGAGGAGGACGAGAAGGCCAUGGACAAGAUCUUCAAGGUCGAGGGUACCCAACGCCGCGUCAUCGGCAUCAACGCCCGCAGAAAGUUCAAGAACUCGUACGAGUACGAGUGCACGUUCGCUCUGGGUGAGAACGUUGGCAUGAAGAACGAGCGCUGGGUCCCCAUGAUGUCAGCAGACAACGCCUGGCUCCCUCGUUCGGAGCUGCUCGCUUCCCACCAGAAGAUGGUUGCCGAGGUCGACAUGAAGGAAGCUCUUGCCUCUGGUCAGUUCCGUCCUCUGGUCCGUAAGGAGAUUGAGAGCCACUGCGCCAACUUCGGUCUCGAUGCCGAGCUGGUUUCCCACUCGCGCAUGCGUGGUCUGUCCGGUGGUCAGCGUGUCAAGGUCGUCCUUGCCGCCUGCUCGUGGCAGCGUCCUCACCUGAUCGUCCUCGACGAGCCUACCAACUACUUGGACCGUGACUCUCUUGGUGCCCUGUCCAAGGCGCUCAAGAAGUUCGAGGGUGGUGUCAUCAUCAUCACUCACUCGUCUGAGUUCACCAAGGACCUGACUGAGGAAGUCUGGGCUGUCGUUGACGGAAAGAUGACACCUUCCGGCCACAACUGGGUGCAAGGCCAGGGCUCUGGUCCCCGCCUCAAGGCCGACGAGGGCGAGGAGGAGGAGAAGUUCGACGCCAUGGGCAACAAGAUUGUCAGCACCAAGAAGGCUAAGAAGCUUACCAGCGCAGAGGCCCGUAAGAAGAAGAAGGAGCGUAUGGCCAGGAGGAAGCGUGGUGAGGAGGUUUUCAGCGACGAGGACGAGUAA